AUCAUCAUCAUAAUAUAUCUUUUCCUUUCCUAUUUCUUAACACCUCUCUCAUCAUGAGUACUGAUCCUUACUGCUCCACUGGUUAUUGCUUUGACCUAAACUCACCAUAUCUUUUCUCUUCUUCAUCACUUUCAUCCAAUAAUAACACUAGUACUACUACUCCAUUCUAUUUUCCUUCUCAAUAUCAAUCUUCACCUUCAUCUCCUCCAAGAGAAGCUCUUCCUCUCCUUAACCUAAACCCUACAAAAAAUGAAGAUCUUCUUGAAUCUUCCUUUAGUUCCAUGGAAAUGAUGAAUAAAUCAUCAAGCUCUUUGGAUGAUGAUGAUGAUGGUGUUACUGUUGCUUUGCAUUUAGGGCUACCAAGUUUAAGUUCAGCUGAUUUAUUAGCUUCAAACAUGUUCACCACUUUGGUUUCAGAAAAAGAUGAUCAUCAAAAACAACAACUCACUGAGUGUCCAUCAAAUAAAAUUAAUAGGGGUCAGUAUUGGAUCCCUACCCCUGCUCAGAUUUUGAUUGGUCCUACACAGUUCUCAUGUCCCCUUUGUUUCAAGACCUUCAAUAGAUACAACAACAUGCAGAUGCAUAUGUGGGGACAUGGAUCACAAUAUAGAAAAGGACCAGAAUCUCUAAGAGGAACACAACCAACAGCAAUGCUAAGACUACCAUGUUAUUGUUGUGCACCUGGAUGCAAGAACAACAUUGAUCAUCCAAGAUCAAAAGCACUAAAAGAUUUUAGAACACUUCAAACACAUUACAAAAGAAAGCAUGGAAUAAAGCCUUUUAUGUGUAGAAAGUGUUGCAAAGCAUUUGCAGUGAGAGGAGAUUGGAGAACUCACGAGAAAAAUUGUGGAAAACUUUGGUAUUGUUGUUGUGGGUCCGAUUUUAAACACAAAAGAUCUCUUAAAGAUCAUAUCAAGGCUUUUGGAAAUGGACAUAAAGCUUAUGGAAUUGAUAUUCAAGAUAUUGAUGAACCAGGCUCUGAAAUUGAUCAACAAGAGAAUAAUGAAUCUUUCCAGUCAUAGGAUUGUUGAUGUGUGUUUUUCUUUAACUAUAAAGACAUGACAGCUGUGGAGGAUUCACAUGUUUUCAUUGCACUAAUUAUAUUGUUGACUAAGACUACCAUCACUAAAUUUAUUUUCUCUCUUUUAUUAUUUAUUUCGUUUAUAUAUGUCUUUCUAUUUGCAA